UUCCGGUGGUGGCGUGGUCGGCCACUGGAGAACUCAGAAGAACACAGCUGUGCGCGCCCAGAGGCUCUGGGGGAGGGAGAGGAUAAGUCGGAAGGAGGGGGCGGGACCUACACCUCAGGAAAGCCGGAGGAUUGGGGCAUGAAGCGGGGCUUUGAUGACCCGCAAAGGGCGAGGCAUGCAGGAGGUGGAGGAAUUCAGUGAAACGAGGAAGGUCGUUUAUCAGGACCCUGUGGGCUAGGCCUUAAGGGGCGUGGUCCUUGUCUGGGCGGGGUCUUUGGGCGCCGACUAGGCCUGGUUCUGGGUGGGCGGGGCUGCUGUGGGCGGCUCCUGCUGUGGAAAUGCCGGCCCGCGCGCUUCUGCCCAGGCGCAUGGGGCAUCGUACUCUAGCCUCCGCUCCUGCCCUGUGGGCCUCUAUCCCGUGCCCUCGCUCUGAGCUGCGCCUGGACCUGGUUCUGCCUUCUGGACAGUCCUUCCGGUGGAGGGAGCAAAGUCCUGCACACUGGAGUGGUGUACUAGCGGAUCAAGUAUGGACACUGACUCAGACUGAGGAGCAGCUCCACUGCACUGUGUACCGAGGAGACAAGAGCCAGCCUGGCAGGCCCACACCAGACGAGCUGGAGGCCGUGCGCAAGUACUUCCAGCUAGAUGUCACCCUGGCUCAACUGUAUCACCACUGGGGUUCUGUGGACUCCCACUUCCAAGAGGUGGCUCAGAAAUUCCAAGGUGUGCGACUGCUGCGACAAGACCCCAUCGAAUGCCUUUUCUCUUUUAUCUGUUCCUCCAACAACAACAUCACCCGCAUCACUGGCAUGGUGGAGCGGCUGUGCCAGGCUUUUGGACCUCAGCUCAUCCAGCUUGAUAAUGUCACCUACCAUGGCUUCCCCAGCCUGCAGGCCCUGGCUGAUCAUGAAUAUGAACACUCUUUUGGAAAGAUUAAGGAACUCGGUUGGGGAGCUCCUCCAGGGCAGCAAGUCCUCAGUCCCUGGACUAGACUUGGGCUCCAGGGGCCAAUUCACAGGCCAGAGGUGGAGGCUCAUCUCAGGAAGCUGGGCCUGGGCUACCGUGCCCGCUACGUGAGUGCCAGUGCCCGAGCCAUCCUGGAAGAACAGGGCGGGCUAGCCUGGCUGCAGCAGCUACGAGAGGCCUCCUAUGAGGAGGCCCACAAGGCCCUCUGUACCCUGCCGGGAGUGGGCACCAAGGUGGCUGACUGCAUCUGCCUGAUGGCCCUAGACAAGCCCCAGGCUGUGCCUGUGGAUGUCCAUAUAUGGCAGAUUGCCCAACGUGACUACAGCUGGCACCCUACCACUUCCCAGGCGAAGGGACCAAGCCCCCAGAGCAACAAGGAACUGGGAAACUUUUUCCGGAGCCUGUGGGGACCUUAUGCUGGCUGGGCCCAAGCGGUGUUCCAGUGCCAGCAGAAGGCCUGCUCACUUCAGCAUCUACAUUCCUAAGGUCUAGGCAGCCUGAGGAGAAAUCCAUUUUUGUACUGAUAUGAAGAAAAAGGAACAAAAGGAACACAGAAGAGAAAUGAUUAACACUCAAUGAUGGUAAUGAACAGUCAAGGUUUGUGAAGUGCCUGCAACGCACCAGGCACUGUGCUAGGCCUGCUGUGGCAGAGGUGCUAGCUGUCCGAACGCCUCUCUCCUUUCCUCCAUGGCAGCUAGGCAAUGCCUGUCCAGCUGCACUACAUUUCCCAGGCUCCCUUGCAGGCAGGUAUGGUCAUGUGACAGAUUCUCUCCAGGGGAAAGUGAUCAGAAGAAAUAAGAGCCACAGCUAGGCAUGGCCCAAAAAGUUUCCUUCACACACUCCUCCUUGCUCUUAUUCUGUGGGACUGGAGUGACAAUUAUGCCCAGAGUGACCUUGUGCAGACUGCAAGGCCACCAUCAGCUGGGAUUCCUGUUUGAUGAUAUGCCCCUUCCCCUACCUUAGAUAACCUGGAACAUGUACCCAGACUGUUACAUGAGAGAAACUAUUGUGUUUGAGCCAGAAAAGAAAACUGAGUCUCAAUGAGGGGAAAGAGUAUGAGGGUGUGUCUAAGGUCAACCAGCAGGUAUAAAGACAGCGACCCCGAAGUAGGAGUUUGAAUCCUGCUGUGUGAGACCUCAAGUGAACAGUUCCCUUUUCUGAGCCUCUAAUCUUCUCAUCUGUAACACAGGGUUAACCACUGUCCUGGCCUCCAGUGGGAGAAUGUGUAUAAAGCCCCUCCAACAGAUGCUUAGCAAAAGUUAAUUGUGGAGUAGAGGCUAUCUUUGGGGGAAGUUGGAGAAAAACAGGGGCAUGAGAGGGGCUUCUAGGAUAUAGUAAUGUUUCAUUUUGUAAUCUCCAGGCUGCUAAUACAAGCUCAUUUGUGAAAACUGUACAUUUAUGAUCUGUGCACUUUUCUAUUAGGUUGGUGCAAAAGUUAUGUAUUAUUCCCAAUCUUUUGCUAUGUGUUAGUCCAGGUUUUUACUUUUGCAGCAACCUAAUUAUUUUUGUACCAACCUAAUAAAUGUAUGAAAUAUUCCAAUAAAAAAUAAAUAUAACACA